UUUACAAUUUCACGCACUUCCGGAAUGUUUUCAUUCUGAUGAUAAUGGAAUUCUGAGAGAGAGAUAAAGGUGGUAUGGAGGAAACGAAUUUUGAUUGUCUUCCAGACGACUUGAUCAUCAGAAUUUUUAAGAAUGUUUCCGCGGAAGAUCUAUGUACGAUAUAUAACGUUAGCAAGCGCUUCAGGCGGCUAGCCUUUGACAGAAGUCUCGUGAGACACUCGGAUUUUGAGCAGUGCUAUGGAACCACCCCCUCCUCGUUCACUGACUACAUCAAAUCUAACAGCUCCAUGCUAGAAAGCCUGAGUCUGAACCACUGCUACUGGCUGACUGGGCGCUGUGUGGAGACCGCUGUGCUCAAGUGUAAAAACCUGACCCAGCUCUAUCUGCUAGACAUUGGUCUUUCAACAAAACAACUUUGUAAAAUUCUGUCCUCACUCCAAAAGCUGGAGGCUCUCGCCUUUACGGUGGCCAGUGUGGAUGAAUUUGACAAUAAUCUAAAUGCCUCCGAGUCUGCUCAGAGGACUAUGUGCAAUAUCAAACAUCUGACGAUUCAUUUCAAAGUGGGAAUCACUCCACGGACAGAGCCAUCAAUAUCGGUACAGUUCAUUCAAAAGAAGAACUCAUUCAUUGAGCACUGCCGAGAACUGACCUCUCUUCAUGUGAUGGGACAUCCAAACUUGGGCUGUGGAUUGCCCAAACUUCUCCUUCAACCAAAUGUUGUCAAAGUCAGCAACCUCAAAAACUUAAAGCAUUUGUCACUAAAUUAUGCCAUAGAUCCAGCGGCAAGGAUAUUCUAUUAUGGGACCUUAAUGUCUGUAGCCAAGCUACAUCUCAAGUUAAAAACAGUCCUUAAUCCUUCUGCAAAUUUUAGUUCUGAAAGGAACAUGGACUUCUGGAAAAACUUCUGGAAUUCUCAGGAUGAUUUGGAGUAUCUAGACUUAUCCAAUAUAUCACUGAAGAACAUAUUUCCAACUAUUUUUGAUCCAGGUGUUGUUAAAAAGAAUCUGUUAUAUUUAAAUAUAUCUCAAACAGACAGUAGAGAAGUGGGGAUGAAUCUAGCCACUCUGGGCCAUGUUUGUCCAAACCUUCAAAGCUUAAAUCUGAAAAACAGUCAGCUAGUGUAUCUACAUAAGGGGGCAUUAGAGCAGGUUGGAGCACCAAUAAAGCAGCAGAUGACGUUUGACAUUGAGGGUUUCAGCAGCUUAGUCAGCAUGUGCCAUCAAGUAGUCCAUCUAAACCUCAGCAACAUCCAUAUCCACGAGGUCAGCGGGCUACAGAAGACGUUUGUUAACGCCCUCACCACACUAACAGGGUUACGCUCUCUAGCUCUGUCGCCAUGUUGCCUACGAUUACAGGACUGCGAGACCAGGGAGCCCGAGGACAGUCCGGGGUGUUCACAGUCCGGGAAGAAGCAGGCCGCCUCCACGGUGAUGGUCCAGUACGCCAAAAAGAGGCGGAUAUCUCUCCACACUGCAUCCACCUCCCAGCCAUCGGUCUUGCCUGACUCUGAGGACACUGACCUUGACCCAGCCUCCACCCUGUACCCUCGGUGUAAGACGGGCCUUGAGUCACUGACCGAGGCCUGCCCCCGCCUCUCCCACCUAGAACUGAUCAGUGCUGGGCUGGUAAGGCCUGUGAUACACAGAGGGUCCAUCGGACUGGCACCGCGGCCCUGUGUCUAUGUCCCAUGUGUGGAGUCGUAUGCCCUAACGGAUGCAGAGUUGUCAUACCUGGGACGACUCUCUAAUCUCCAGUACCUACAGCUAGCCGGAUUACCAGGCAUUAUAAGUGGAUCGUUUCUGUCACACAUUGCUAAGCAGUGUCCUCAGCUGAAACAGCUCCACCUGUCAUACCUAGGCCUGACCGCCCACUGUAUCUACACCAACCAGCUCUGUCAGGCCUUCCAGCACUUUACCUCCCUCAUCGAUCUCAGGUUAGAGCACGCCUACUUGUCCAUCGAUCAGCUGUUUUGUCGGUCGGCCAGGAAGUGUAGGUCUCUGCAGCGGUUCUGUGUGGUGUCCAAGAACGGCAGUCUGGACCCUGACGCGGUGACAGGCCUGAUGUCUGAGCUUCCUCGUCUGAUGGUGCUACAGCUGUUCACUGACUCAACUCAAACCAUGUGUAAAAAACUGAUGAAGGCCCUGAAAGACAGGUUCCAGAGUACCCGGCCAGCACUUAGUGUGACCAUCUACCCUCUGUUUGACCAGGAUACAGCGUACGUCAUGAACAAAAUCCCCACCAAACACCUGGAGGAACUGACCAUAUUCAGCUCCAAGAUCUGUCAACAGCCUCCUGGACAGUGUAGGGUCAAGGCCAAAACUAGAGACCGCUCAGGCAAGGUCACUGUAUGACCUUGACCUCAAGCUAGUGGCCAGGCAAGUUGACCUUGUCCUAAAGCAAGUGUAAAACGAGGGAAUGACCAGAAAAGGUGAUUGUGACCUUGACCUUUUGUAAGGGUAAAACCAGGCCAACUAGGGAAAGGUGAUUGUGUGAACAUGAGUGAAUGCAAGGUCAAAAAUAUAUAUGACCUUGACCUUUAUUUAGGGUAAUUCAGAGACUGCUCAGGCCCUAGGUGAUUGAAAUGACCAUGACUUAUUAAUGCAAGGCCAAAAAUGUUACUUUAUUUAUAUAUUUAUGGACACAAAGCAUUAAAUUGAAUUAUCAUCCUGUGGCUAUGUCAAUGCCAAGUUUAUUAUUGUAUGUCAUAACAUACAUGUAACUUGAAUCAAUAAAUUAUCUUCAACAGAA